CGGAUCCUCUUAGACAUGGUUGCGCUGAGGCCUGCCCUUGGGUUGGUGCUUCCAAUACUCCUGUGGGCCCACAGAAGUACAGGUUCUAAUUUUCGUUUUGCUUCGUACAUCAAUAAUUACAUGGUGCUACAGAAGGAGCCUGCUGGGGCAGUGAUAUGGGGUUUUGGCCUUCCGGGAGCCACAGUGACAGUGACCCUGAUCCAAGGUCAAGAAACCAUCAUGAAGAAAGUGACCAGUGUGAAAGCAGACGCUGAUACUUGGAUGGUGGUACUGGAUCCUGUGAAGGCUGGUGGGCCUUUCGAACUGAUGGCACAACAGAUUUUGGGGAGAAUGAACACCACCCAGACAGUUCACGAUGUUUUGUUUGGAGAUGUCUGGCUCUGUAGUGGGCAGAGUAACAUGCAGAUGACUGUGCUACAGAUAUUUAAUGCUACAAGGGAGUUGUCUAACACUGCUGCCUAUCAGUCUGUCCGCAUCCUCUCCGUCUCUCUCCUUCAGGCAGAGCAGGAGCUGGAGGACCUGGCUUCCGUUGACUUGGAGUGGUCUAAGCCCACCUCAGAGAACUUAGGCCAUGGAUAUUUCAGGUACAUGUCAGCAGUGUGCUGGCUUUUUGGGCGUCACCUGUAUGACACUGUGCAGCAUCCCAUUGGGCUCAUCUCAUCCACCUGGAGUGGGACACCCAUUGAAGCCUGGUCAUCUAGAAGGUCACUGAAAGCCUGUGGCAUUCAUACGCAAGGGUACAUUCCGCGUGAUUCUGUAACUGGACCCUCUGAGCCGUCUGUUCUCUGGAACUCUAUGAUCUACCCGCUCCAUAAAAUGACUCUGAAAGGCGUGAUAUGGUACCAGGGGGAGGCCAAUAUGAAUUAUAACACAGACCUGUACAACUGCACGUUCCCUGCACUCAUUGAAGACUGGCGCCGCACCUUCCACAAUGGCUCCCAGGGGCAGACGGAGCUCUUCUUCCCGUUUGGAUUUGUCCAGUUAUCUUCAGUUUUGUUUGAGGACAACCCAGAUGGUGGAUUUCCCCAGAUCCGUUGGCACCAAACAGCAGACUUGGGCUAUGUCCCCAACGUAAAGAUGCCUAAUACGUUCAUGGCUGUCGCUAUGGAUCUUGGCGAUAAGGACUCGCCUUUUGGAAGCAUCCACCCUCGAGAUAAAGAUACGGUGGCCUAUAGGCUGCACUUGGGGGCCCGUGCUGUGGCUUACGGUGAGAAGGAUUUGAUCUUUCAAGGACCACUGCCUGAGAAGGUAGAAUUCUCGCUCAUGGGGCUGCUCAACCUCACAUAUUCCCAGGAAAUCAAGGUGCAGAAGAAGGACAACAAGAUAUUUGAGAUCUCGUGCUGCAGUGACCAGCAGUGCAAGUGGCUUCCAGCUGAUAUGAAUACGUUCUCCACCCAGAGUCUAACCCUGUCACUCAAGUCUUGUUACGGCACUGUGGUUGCUGUCCGCUACGCCUGGACCCCAUGGCCUUGUGACUAUAAGCAGUGUCCCGUAUACCACCCCAGCAGUUUCCUGCCAGGUCCUCCCUUCGUUGCUUAUAUCGCAGACCAGAUUUCUGGACGGUAGCACGUGGGUGCCAAUUGACAGCUGCAGCACCAUCAGAAUUUAGAUACAAGGGUGAGCCCUUUUGAUUUUGGCAUUUAGGAGUUUAAAUAAAAACAACUAUUGUUUUUAAAGGAAA